AUGAAUAAGAAUUCUGCCAAAAUAAAGCAAGGGAAGUUAACAUGUUCCAGUUGCGGAGAGAAACACAUAAAAAAAGAUUGUCCACAUAAGGACGUUAUUUGUCAUCGUUGUAAUAAAUCCGGUCACUUUGCGCGUCGAUGUCUAUCACAGCCUAAAGGUGAAAGAGGAGAAAGGAAGCAUAAAACAAGUCAGAUUAAUAAUGUCAAGCAAGUAUCGCAUGAUAAUCCUAUCAUGAUUAACGUUCGUUUAAAUGGAAUUCCAAUGGAAUUGAAUACUGCAUCAGGUACGAGUUUUAUUACAUCUAAUGCAUGGAAAAAGUUAGGCUGUCCCAAACUCCAUCCAAGCAAAAAGUUUAAAACAUACACUGGACAAAAAUUUGAAUCAAGAGGAACAUUUCUUUGCACCAUUGAACACAAUCAACAGACAGUUAGUCAUCAAAUUCACGUUUCGGAAGGAUCUUGUCUUUUUGGUCGUGAUCUGUUAAGAAAGAUUCAAAUGGAUUGGACAGGAAUUAAAAAACAAUGUUCUCAGGUAUGUCGCAUUAGUAAUGAAUUAUCAUUGACUACAUUGUUAAAGGAAUAUAGCGAUGUUUUUGAUCAACCGGUCGAAACUAUUAAGGAUUUUAAAGCCAAGUUAAUGCUUAAAGAAGAUGCUACUCCUCGCUUCUUUAAACCACGUCCCAUUCCAUUUGUAUUACGAGACAAAGUAGACGAAGAACUUGAAAAAAUGGAAAAAUCCGGUGUCAUUAGUCGUAUUGAAACAUCGGAAUGGGCUUCGCCAUUGGUAGUAGUACCAAAGCCUAAUAGAACGAUUCGCAUCACAGAAGAUUUCAAGCGUACCAUAAACAACCAAUUGCAUGUUCAACAAUAUCCUCUCGCAAGAGUCGAGGAAAUAUUUGGGAAGAUCUCAGGUGGUCAAGCUUUUACUAAAUUGGAUGGUCCAGAUGCAUUUCAUCAAGUGGAAGUAGAAGAAUCAUGUAAGAAGUAUUUAGUCAUAAAUACCCAUCGAGGCCUCUAUAGGUAUAACAUACUACCUCAAGGUAUUGCAUCUUCACCGGCAAUUUUUCAAGAAUUAAUGGAUCGGAUACUCAAAGGAAUUCCGAUGACAGGAUCAUUUGUGGACGACACGAUUUCUACUGGAAAGGACGAUUAA